CAAUUAUUUAGUGCUUCGCCUUGGUUCCGCGCUCUGCAUUGCCUGCCGAGUAAGUACAGACUUUUGUUUAUUGACGCGAGCUACAACCAAUGUUUUCGCGUCGUGCUUAUGUGUAUCGUCCCUAUCGCGAUUGCCUUCCUAUCCAUCAGCUCUGCGCACGCAGCAACAACACAGGUUUCAGUGUACACUGAAGAGAUCAAUGUUUCUAUAGAUCAAAGCGGCACUCGAAUGACUCAGAUAGGUUGUGAACACAAGACAAAUAGCCAACCUUACACUUGAGGAGCUGCAACAUUCCAUCUGUGGACGCCUGACGUCGAUCAAUAAGCACCCAUGGUUCAGCGUGUCCCAGCCCAUUAACCCCUCCAACCAACAUGGCCGUUCCGCUCGCAGCACAAGGUGCAUCGCCUCUAACAGCCAUCCCGCGUGAACUGCGAGACGAGAUACUCGGUUACCUUGCCCAGCCAAACUUCAUCUUCACAUCCAGUGCAAGUACAGACACGACCACUCUCUAUCGCUCAAGGAAGACCCAAAAAGCCUUCAUCGAUACCCGCAUCUACCUGCCUGCCCUACCCCCAGCAAACCUUCUAGCUGCAAGCAGGCAGCUACGCGAAGAAUGCCUGGAACACCAUGCCCAUCUUCUCAACACACAUCUACCCACAACAAGCUUGGGAGCACCAAGCGUGGAACGACCAAAGAGCAAUACGCUUGCUGAAAGAUUAGGUACCGAGUUUGACGAAGCGGCAGAGAGAGCGUGCGACACACCGAACGUGCUGCGCGUGACGCUGGAUGUCCAGCGACAGCAGCGUGGCUCGACGGGGUAUUAUGUGCCAUCUCGCGACGAACUUUCGCCUCAGUUCUUAGUGCUGCUACCGUUCAUGAGUCGUGCAAAGAGGCUCAGACUUGUGGUUUGGCCUGGGUAUGAUUGGUGGAACGGGCCGUCGCAGAAGUCUUACCGGCUUGAGAGACGAAAGGAGGCUUCAUCCAAACGUGUCACUACUGACCAGUUCGAGGAACAUCAGCAGCAAAGUCAGCGGGAACAGAACGAUACAGCAGGUCUUCCAAGCUCUAAGCCCGAUGCAGUUUCCGUCGCGAUUGCAAAGGUCCUGGACUGUUUACCCGUGGUUGAGGAACUGAGUAUUGACGUUUUGAUGGAUGGGCGUAGCUUUGGAACAUGGGACCUUCCAGAUGUCAAAUGGGAGAAAAUUCAGUCUUGGCUGGAUAGCCCUGUUGCUAUCGGCGGACAACGAAAGCUGAAAAAAGUCACCAGGAAAUUCUCUGGUGUAUGGAUAACACAUAAUCCGGAACCUUUCUACGAACAAGUCGAGACACUGGACAAGACAUGGCAUGUCAAAAGAAAGGGGGAUAUGCGCACACCUACGAUGAGAUCUCUAAGUGAGCCGGACCACCUUGAAAUGCUGGGAUUGCACACGGUUGACGAGUCUUUCGAUCGAAUUGACUAAAGUCUAUCGCUUUGUAUCAUGGGAAUUUAACGAGCGAAUAAUCAGCGUCUGUGAUGCAAACCCAGUCUUCAUUUACUUCUGAAACUCGGUCGUCUACAAAAAGAAGUGUAAGCUCCGGAUAUACGGGGCGUCAGUGCCUCUGACGCCAACGUUUAUAUUACCUUUUCAAUCAAGCAUCGGUCAGGUGCUCCACAUUCCUAGUUUGGUGUGUGGGGUAAUCACUUUAUGAACUUCGGCCUUACAGCAUUCAAUUGACCUAACGCACUACGCGAAGACCUGUCAUCGUGGUUGUUUUGACACAAAGGUACUGGACAGUGAAGAUCGUGGCUUUGCACAUCUAUGCAGUAGAUUUAGCACUGCAUAAAACAAUAUAUUCACUCGAUUAAAAGCCACCAAACAACUCACAGCCAUGCAGUGCGUUUCGAAACGUC